AAAGUCGCACCCUCCUCCUUUUACAUUUCAGUCACGCAGCCAUGCUCAGAUUUGAGAUGAAUCAUGAAGGAUGUGUUAUUUUUUUCUGUCGCAGCUCAUAUCAGCAAUUUUGAAGAUAAAAAAAUAGCGCUUGGGAUUGGUGUCUUUGCUUUAUGUGAUUUAACAUUUCGGGAUUAUUUGUAGACAAAAAGCCCUCUGAGCUUGUUAUUUUGGAUAAUCUGCAUUGCUUGCAUCCCCGAUCGAGCGACUGCACCUCGUCGAGACGAGUAGCCUAUAGUGCGCGACAUCUGGCCUAGAACUUAUCAUUUCAUGUUUUUACGCCCAUUCGUUUGCAAAUUAGCCGAUAUAAAAUAGAGAUUUUAGCACAACUGGACACGGGUCCAUUAAUGUUUUGCUACUGAGGUCACAGCUGGCGAUACAUUGCGAUGCUUAUCAUCCAACACCAAUGAUGCUGCGGCAUGAGAGCAGCCUAGAAGGGUGAUGGACAAUGUCCCCGCCAGCAGAUACAAGACACCGGCGCUCCUGGUCUUGAAUGCAGCGGAGAGAGACACCUAACUGGGUGUCACCGUCAGCGCUGGAUGCUGCGCCGAAGAAUGGGAUACUCCGACCCAUCGUCGGGUAAAGAUAUACUUGGCAAUAGAUCUCUGUGUUUUAUUUUUAUUUGCGCAUUUGGACUCGUCACACUAUUGCAACAGAUUCUCUAUGGAAAAAACUACAUUAAAAGUGCGCAACAGUUUAGCCGACUCAAAGGGGACGAGACAGGAAAUUGGACCGGUCCCGUUAAUUUCUCGGAUGAUGGAUCUCUGAAGCCUGCCAGAAAUGGAAGGAAAAGAUGUUUCCGUCAGAAUUUUCAGCCAGAUUCACAGAUCUCCGUAAUAGUCACACCCUGCCUAGCCGAUAUUAAGAAGAAAAAAAAACGCUCUCAAAGGUAUCUGGAAAACUAUGAUGGCUCCUUUGAGUACAACUCCACAGCAUGCAGGGAACUCAGACAGGAGAUUAUGGACGUCAAAGUCCUGACAAUAAACUUGGGUAAUCGGAAAAUACAUGGCCAUGGGUAUCCUUCCUCAUUCCACAAGUCUCUCUGCCUGUCUGCCAGGGUGAAAACCUCAGACCUGUUUGAGAGAUGGCGAAACCUGCAGGUGUGUAGAUGGGAGCAGAACAAGGAGGAGACAAGCAACUUCAAGAUGUCUCUGUCUCGCUGCUGUAAUGCUCCUUCCUUUCUGUUCACCACCAAGAGGAACACUCCCGCAGGGACCAAACUGAGGUAUGAAGUUGACACCAGUGGUAUUCUUCCCAUUGCAAAUGAGGUCUUCAAGAUGUUCCCAGAUGAUAUGCCGUAUUCCAAAUCACAGUACAAGAAAUGUGCUGUUAUUGGAAAUGGCGGCAUCAUCAAGAACAGCAAAUGUGGAAAGGAAAUUGACUCAGCAGAUUUUGUGUUUAGGUGCAACAUACCACCUAUUAAUGAGAAGUACACAGCCGAUGUUGGCAGUAAAACAGAUCUGGUGACAAUAAAUCCGAGCAUUAUUACUGAGAGAUUUCAGAAGCUGGAGAAAUGGCGGCGUCCGUUUUACGAAGUUCUCCAGAAUUACGAGAACUCCUCAGUGGUGCUUCCUGCCUUCUACAACACCCGCAACACCGAUGUAUCGUUCAGAGUUAAGUACAUGCUGGAUGACUUCGACUCCCAGAGAGGCGUGUUCUUCUUCCACCCGCAGUACCUGCUCAACGUGCAGCGUUUCUGGGCGGUGCAGGGGGUCCGGGCCAAACGGCUCAGCAGUGGCCUGAUGCUCGUAACUGCCGCCUUGGAAAUGUGCGAGGAAGUCCACCUCUACGGUUUCUGGGCGUUUCCCAUGAACCCCUCUGGCAUCUUCAUCACUCACCAUUACUAUGACAACGUAAAGCCACGGCCAGGCUUCCACGCGAUGCCCCAUGAAAUUUUCAACUUCAUUCACAUGCACACUCGUGGGAUCAUCAACGUACACACAGGGCAGUGCACGUGAUCCCUCACUCCAACAUUUAACAUUUUACUAUUUAGUUUGUUUACUUUAAAUCAGGUUUCUCUAAUGUGUUUUAUUUCGGUCAAUGGGACAUUUCACUAUUUCCUUCCUGUUUAAAAAGGGGGUUCAGAGCGUAUACUUCUUUGCUGUCACCAAUUCAACAACAUGUUGAAAGUUGCUUGCUUUCAUCGGCAACAUAUUUCUCUUUUUGAUGUGUAUCUUAAGUUGUUUAUUUAGCCAAUCAAAUCACUAUGGUUGUCUCUGAGUCUCUCACCAUAGGUGCUUGUUUAUAAUGUGAAAAGUGUUCUUCAUAGUGAUGUUGUUUCUGUGAAGUUUUCUAGUGGCUCUGCUGUAAAGAGGUGUUGUUUUCUACUCAACGUUGCACAGAUAUUUACGCUGAAAUGGGCAGCAGUGGGUGUCUUUCUGCCCCCUCAUUCCCCCCUCUCUACUCUCUGUAUGUCGGACACUCUGCUGAUGUGGCAGCUUUUAAUGUUUGUGUAAAACAAAACCUGCACCUUGAUUUCAAGCUAAUAUUUCAAAAAGAAGAAAAAAAAGAAAAUUUUAAAUGUCCAAUUGUCUACUUUUGUAAUCUGUUUCCUAUUCACCUAGAGUCACUGGGUGGAUAUUUUAAAACACUAUUUUUCAACAGUGUUCACGGUUUUCAGUGGCCUCCCUUCUCCCAUUUAAAAAUGUCCUCCGAUAUUUCUGGUGAAAAAAGGGUGUAUAAGAAAAGAUGUGAAGAGGUGUGUUUUGGCAAAAGCCAGAUAAAUAUUUUGCAAUGACACCGCCUCAGCAAAUCUUUGACAUUUUCAAAGCCGUCCAAUUUGUAAAGCAACAUAGCACUGAGCAACCCAGCCUCUAGCUGUCAUUCAUGUCUUAAGCCAUGCUGCCUUAUGAGAUAUCAAACCCCUCUAUAUGAUAUGCAAUGCACCCAUGUGUUUUGCUUAUCUACAAAUACAUUACCAUAAAACUAAAUCUUAGUUUGUCUCCUUGAAUCGAAGGACAUUUAAGACCGUCUGAGGUAUAGAAAUUCAUGUGCAGUUCUCAUCUUAUAUUCUAUUGGAAUUAGCUAAGUCUUACUCCCUGUAAACUCCAUUCAUAAUCAUGUAAUGCUCUGCAUGACUUUACUCUGUACUUGGCUUUGUGUGUGCCUGCUUCAAUGAUCACUGAAAUAUGUUUACACUCUGCUGAAGCUCACCGUGCUUUUGGAGAAAUACACAAACCUUUUCACAGAAAGUUGAACGAAGUCAUUGAAGUGAACUGUAUAACAGUGGAUGCAGUUCUCGUUGAUUAAAGAUACAAGAAUAUGGUUGCAGCCCUUUUGCGAAGUGCUACAACACUUUAUUUACUGUAUUAUUUUGCCUUCUUCUUUGAACUGUGAACAUUCAGUCUACAUUUAAGCACUAGAAUGCUAGUUUUUUUUAACUGUUAUUUUCUUGUACACUGCAAAAAGGUUUAAACAGACUGUAAUUUAAUCUUUUGGCACUUCUCUGUUCAUGCUCGGCUGUCCAUUACAAUUGAAGGACAUCGUUGGCAAUAAGAUUUAAACAGGUUUCUUUCAACAUUUAUUCAGACUCUUUGUGUGUUUAUGCACAAGAGUAAUGAGUUCAGCAAAUUUGACCACCAAUAACGUUUGGCUUGACCGCUAAAUUGUUGUACAGACACAAGUGAAUCAAGAAUGGAAAAGGAAGGAACUGGUCCGUGUACUGAAUGGAGGUAAUAUAUGACACAGUGCUUCUUAACUUACUCUGGAUCAUUCUUUAUACUGGUAUUGUGUUUGUAAAUAAACUUGUUUGGAUUUUCUCACUUGUA